AUGUCGGCCGGAGUCGGGGGGGUACCGGCCGGGGAGAGCAGCAGUGACCGCAGUGGAUCUGGAGGUCCGAGCGGGGGCGGAGGUGAUGCAGAGACGGACCGAGAGAGGGCCACCUUCGAGUGCAACAUUUGCCUGGACACGGCCCGAGAUGCGGUCAUCAGUCUGUGCGGCCACUUGUUCUGCUGGCCGUGUCUUCAUCAGUGGUUGGAGACCCGUCCCAGUCGGCAGCAGUGUCCCGUGUGUAAAGCCGGGAUCAGCAGAGACAAAGUGAUUCCUUUGUACGGACGAGGCAGCUCCAGUCAGGACGACCCCAGGUUGAAAACGCCGCCGCGGCCUCCAGGGCAGAGGACGGAGCCGGAGAGCAGAGGAGGAGGCGGGAUGUUCCAGGGUUUGGGCGACACCGGGUUCCACAUGUCGUUUGGCAUCGGGGCCUUUCCCUUCGGGUUCUUCACCACAGUCUUCAACACCAACGACCCGUUCCACAGAGCCGACCAGUACGCGGGCGAGCCACAGGCCAACGCGUGUGACCCCCGUCUCCCGGAGCUCACAAACACACGCCACGAACUCUGGCUACGGCGAGAGAAACGGCCCAAACCAGUCUCCUCCACGCCGCACAGGGAAACGCCGCGGAGAUGA